GUCAAAUUGUUUUAUUUUGUUAACACAUAGGUUAAAUUCGGCGAUUUUUUUUGAAAAUAAAUAUAACGAAUCGCUUUUUGGUUGAUUGGCUUAAUCAAAAAUAUGUUGCGAUUAAGUAAUUCAAUUCUUCAGUCAAAAGGUUUUACGAUCGUAAAUAGUCAACUAAGAUAUUUGUUCUCUUGGGAAGAAUUGGGCAUCGAAGGAUACAAACAUGCAAGAACUGAUGUUGAGAAUCUUGUCGCCAAUCAUUCUGAUUACAAAAAAAAUUUCCGAAAACAUUUUAUUGAUAAUCAAUGCGACAUGGUGAAAUAUGAGAAUAAAUUAAAAGACUUGAUUUAUAUGAUAAAUAAAAAUUCGGAUGACAUUCGUAUUCUCAAAGGUGCAUUGAAUACAUUAGUACAAAAACGAAAAGGAUAUAUGGGCAAAAAGUAUUGUUUCAGUACGGUGAUAAUGCGAGCAUUUCAUUAUUUAAAUAUGCCAGUUGAAGCAAUUAAAUUUUUUGACGAUAAAAUCAUUGGUCAACUAUUUACUGACAAUAUUGGUCAUCAAGUUCUGUUGGACAUGCUAUAUGAAAAUAAAAAAUAUGAUGACGUACUUCGUGUUUAUGAAUCUUUAGAUAAACGAGGACAUUUGAGGGGUAACAAUAGAAGACAUCUCGAUGUUAUAGUAUUGGCAACAUACUAUCGAUUGAAUACGCCAGAAGCUCUAAAGCAGGCGUAUGCCUUAUGGAAAGAGAUGCAAUCAAAUGGAAGUCAUCAAUAUCGCAAAAGUCGAACGUUCGUUGCUGGAUUGGCCAUAAAACAAAAUGAACCUCAACUAGCUUUGGACAUUAUCGAAGAUGAAGAGCAACAAUUGUAUGUUAAUAAUCGUCACAUUUUGUUAUUGGCAUGGGCACAAUUGCAACGAUACACAGAUAUCAUUGAAAUGUUAAAAUAUUUAUUUGAAAUUCACAAAAAUGAUGGAAAGAGUUAUACAACAUCAAUACAAGUCCUCCAAGUAAUAGAAGAAUUAUUUACUGGGAAGCAAGACGAAGAAAUUUCCGACAGAGAAAUUGCUGAAUUUAUUUCGAUACGUGAAUCAAUAGAGUUAGAAAAUCUGGUCACAAAAAAGACAUUUGAUGAACUGAUAUGUGCACCGUUUUCCACAAAACCAUCAAGAAAUAUUUAUUUCAAACUUAAAGGAUAGAACAAAUCAACCAUGUUCGUCUUUUAAACGACACCAACAUAAGUUUGGAAACUGUUGAUAAGUGUAAAUAAAUUUAUUCUUAUAAAAUUAAAACUAUCA